AAAAGCGCAAAAUGGCCCAAAUUUAAUUCAGAGUGCAGUGACAAUGUCUUGGAUCAACUGUUUGUGGUUUUUAAUUCUUUUUAUCAGCCUUGAAAACGCAGUUAAUGGGCAAAGCACUUUGCAAGUUGUCUACCAUCCUCGGCGCCACUUCGACUGGGUCAAACACCUCAAAAAUCAUGAACGACACAAAUACAAGUCGUUCACGAAACGUUUCAGGAAAUGCGGUUUUCCCCCUUACAAACUGAAAUUUUUCAGAAGAUCGGAUUUAAAUAAUUUAGACACGAUUCAAGUGAUCGUCCCUUACGGCUACUCUGGCGAGUACUUCCCCCAGCGCCCCCAUAAAAUAAUUCCAAUUGAGACUAGAAGUCAUUCGAGUAAGACAGGCGACUAGGUGUCGAAUUUCCGGUUCUAGUCUAGCUCUCAUGUGCGAAAUAUUGUAGUUUUUAGAAAUAAUAAAGGUCUUUGACUUGGA